GGAAGAUGCAGAUGCCGGCGGCCGCUACUAGGGGGUUACAGAAGGGAGUCCUAAGAACCCCCUACAGGAGAGAAAAUCGCCGUCUGCAAUCCACGCCACUCCUCUCCUUUUACCAGAGAUUUCUGAGGUACCUCCGAAGGCUACUCACCGCUCGAAAAGACGUGAGCUAUGAGGACUUUGAUCCGGCAGCUCCCCGCUACAGACCACUGAGAAUCAACGCUCUCUGCAGAUUGACCAGUUUCACGAAAUCAGAAAUCAAACUGAUGUACCAGGGUUUUAAACAGGUGUGCCCCACCGGAGUAGUUAAUGAAAAUGCAUUUAAAGAUAUAUUCAACUCUUACUUUCCCCAGGGAGAUGCGUCUCUGUAUGCUCACUACGUCUUUCGGACCUGCGAUCAGCAGAACAAUGGUACAAUUAACUUUCAG